AUGGGAGGGAGUACUAGAAGCCACACACAAAUGCAACUUUUUAGAGACACAAUUGAUGAAUGUGGUUUUUUGGACAUGGGUUACAAGGUUCAUCCGUUCACAUGGAAGAAGUUUUUUAGAGAUGGGAGAACAAUUGUAGAGAGAUUGGCUAGGUGUUUGGCCAAUAACGAGUGGUUGGUUCGAUUUGGGGGUUCUAUGGUGCACCAUCUGACUUGUAGUACCUCUGAUCAUUCACCCCUGUGGAUCUUACCCGAAAAUCUGGUGGUGAUUAAUUCAGAGAAGCCAUUCCGUUUUGAAGAGAUGUGGCUGGCUGAGAAAGGGUGUACAGAUACUGUCAAGGCCGAAUGGGGGAAGUGCAGAAACAACACCAAUAAUCCAUCGGGCAUUGUCAGGAAAAUUGAGAAUUGUGGUAAAGCUUUAACAAAGUGGAGCCGCAAUUGCUUUGGUAAUGUCCAAAAAGAGUUGAAGCAUAAACAAAAACUGUUGGCUUAA